AUGUGGGUUCGGAAAACCACACUCAAAAUUUAUGUGUAUUUUGUAGGGAGAAAUUGCUGUGGAAUCAGAGAUGAUGAGAAGAACUUUGUUGUCUCAAAUGUAGAAGAUAUUUAUCGGAAAGGAACUCCUUGUGAUCAAGAAUCGUCCUCCUUUUAUAGCUCCGAAGUAGAUCGCAACCUCCUCCGCGUAUCUCGUCCACGUGCAACUACCGAUCCCGCUAUUUCCGGAUCUGAACAGUCGAAGCGAGAUUCUCGUUUGACUCGUUCAAACUCAGCUUGCGGACUUGACUCCGUCGAGCUAGAGCUCGACUUCAUCUUCACAAGUAGCUCGGACAGUAAACAGCUGGAUUUGGACAAGGAUACUUGGUGGGCUCGAGGUCAUUUUACUGGGCCUGAGUGGACUUAUCUUGAUCUUAGGACUUAG